UGUCAAAUCGUCCAUUUUUCUAACCUCGUUGUUGAGUCUGGACGUGUUGCUUCAGACCUUGUGUUUAAAAAUUUUUAAAAAAUUAAAUAAUUUAUAAAUAAAAUCAACCAUAAAAAUGGCUGAUAUUGAAAUCAAAAAAGAAAAGAAAAAGAAGAAAAUCAAGGAAGAACCAAUUGAUUUAGAUGAUAUUGGUACUUUACAAAAAACCGGAAAUUUCACUGUUAAACCUUCCGAAAAAACAGCCACUUUGGAUACCUCACAAUGGCCUUUAUUGUUGAAGAACUUUGAUAAGUUAAAUGUACGCACCAAUCAUUAUACACCGUUGCCCAGUGGUUCAUCACCCUUGAAUCGUGACAUCAGAGAAUACAUGAAAUCUGGUUUCAUCAAUUUGGACAAACCCUCCAAUCCUAGUUCUCACGAAGUUGUAGCAUGGAUUAAGAAAAUAUUAAAGGUUGAAAAGACUGGUCAUUCUGGUACUUUGGAUCCUAAAGUUACUGGUUGUUUAAUUGUUUGCAUUGAUCGUGCCACACGUUUGGUUAAGUCACAACAAAGUGCUGGUAAAGAAUACGUAGCCAUCUUCAAAUUGCAUUCUCCUGUUGAAUCAGUGGCUAAAGUGCGUCAAGGUUUGGAAAAAUUGCGUGGUGCUCUUUUCCAACGUCCUCCUCUAAUUUCUGCUGUUAAACGUCAAUUGCGUGUACGUACUGUCUAUGACAGUAAAUUGUUGGAUUACGAUGAAACUCGUAAUAUGGGUGUUUUUUGGGUUAGUUGUGAGGCUGGUUCUUAUAUUCGUACCAUGUGCGUACAUCUUGGUUUGGUACUCGGUGUUGGUGGUCAAAUGUUGGAAUUGCGUCGUGUCCGUUCUGGCAUACAAUCGGAACGUGAUGGUAUGGUAACUAUGCACGAUGUCUUGGAUGCUAUGUAUUUGUAUGAAAAUCAUAAAGAUGAAUCUAUGUUGAGACGUGUUAUUAAACCUUUGGAGGGACUUUUAGUCAAUCACAAAAGAAUUAUCAUGAAAGACAGUUCGGUCAAUGCCAUUUGCUAUGGUGCCAAGAUUAUGUUGACCGGUGUCUUACGUUACGAAGAUGGUAUUGAAAUCGAUCAAGAAAUCGUUAUUUGUACCACCAAGGGUGAAGCCAUCUGUUUGGCUAUUGCUCAAAUGACCACAGCCACCAUGGCCUCUUGUGAUCACGGUGUAGUGGCCAAGAUUAAGCGUGUCAUUAUGGAAAGAGAUACGUAUCCACGUAAAUGGGGUUUGGGUCCUAAAGCUUCCGCCAAGAAAGCACUUAUUGCUUCUGGCAAAUUAGAUAAAUACGGCAGACCUAAUGAAAAUACACCCAAGGAAUGGUUAACAGGUUUUGUAGACUAUAAUGCCAAGAAACCGGCGGCUGCUGUAGCUCCACAAGCCAACACAAAUGGCAAUAACACAGAAGAACCUAAAAAGCGUAAAUUAAGUGUAUCUAGCCAAGAAGGUGCAACAGUUGCUGCAGCUGAAGAAAAUCCUGCCACAGAGAAAACCGAAAAGAAGAAGAAAAAGAAACACAAGGCUGAUAAAGAGGCCGCUGAUGUUUCGGUAGUCGAAGAAGAGACUAUUGCUGAAGCUGAGGCUGAACCCGAAGGAGAAAAGAAAGAAAAGAAAAAGAAGAAGAAAAAGGAUAAAGAUAGGGAGAAAACUGAAUAAGAAAUAUAGUUUACAAAAAUCCUUACUUGUUAGCAAUUUUAUAUAAGUUCAUAAUUACUACUAUAGCUACUUAUUUCUUCUUACUUCUUAACAAAAUAUGAGAGAAAACAAAAAAAAAAGAAACAACAAUGCAUUUUAUAUAAAGUUUAACAGUUUUUUUAGCUUUUUUUAUUUCUCUUUUUUUGGUUAAUAUAGAAAUUUUAUUUCUUUUAUUAACCGUUUUAUUAGUUUUAAGGAUUUUAUUUUUUAUAUAUAUACAACUAAAGUUCAAACUAUUAUUUUAUAUAGUUGUUGUCAUGCUACAGAUUAUGUUUAUAAAUCAUAAGAGAAUGCAAAAGAAAAACAUU